UGGUUGAUUUCAGGUUUGGGUGAUCAAAACAAUGUUCUUGGUCGCAUGCCUGGUAAUUUUCCAGGUCCUGAGCCCCCAUCAACUCCCGAGCAUUUGCCUCUGGCUUGUUACGAACUGAGGGUACAAUACCUGGAGUUGGAGCUGCAUUGCCACUAUCGCUUGAUUCAUCUCAAGGAGAACAGAAGUCUUCCAUGCCAGUUUCAAUGCCUAUAGGAGCUCCCCCUCUUCCUCCUGGUCCACAUCCAUCUCUUCUUGCGGGUAAUCAGCAGCAAGCAUAUCAACAAAACAUGCAGCAAGCUCAGCACCAGCAGUCACUACCUCAACAAAUGACUUCUCAUCCUUUGCAACCGUCGAAUUUGCCACAGCUACAGCCUCCACAUAUGCCUCUAAUGCCACAUCCUCAUUUACCUCGGCCACCACACCAACUACAACAAGUAAAUAUGCCUGGCCUUCUGUCUUCAAUGCCAGGUUCUGGAUCCAUCCAAGCAAUGCCUAUCCCUGGUCCAAUGGGGAUACAAGGUAACAUGAAUCAGAUGGUUCCUCCAAUGCCUCAAGGUCAUUUUGUGGGCAUGCCUUCUGGAUCUGGACCACAGGGCAAUGUUCCUCCAGGUGGAAUGCCAAAUGGACUGCCAAACAUGCAAGGCCCUCAAAAUCCAGGAGGUAAUCAGAUGUUUCCACCAGGACGAGGCUUCAACAGGCAACAAGCACGAAUGCCUUGCAAGUGUGGAAAAGCAUGCUCGAUGCAAAGUUGUUGGGACGGUGGUGAAGUUAGACGCCGCUACUGGCACUGUAUGAACCAGUUUUACAAGGUUUCCGGUGAACCUAUUUGUGAUUUUGAGGAAUGGGUUGAUGAACCAUGUUAUCAGGAAUGCUACAGAGAACAACUGCAGUAUCUUCAUAAUGUGUGUUUAAGACAACGGGAACAAGAAAGAGAAAGCAACAGAACUAUUGCAGACUUGAGGGCGAAACUGAAGGAGGUGGGAGAAGCACAAUGGAAUUGUGAAGCACAAAAGGAACGUAAAAAAGAAAUAUAA